AUGAAAUUUCUGCUGGAUGUGGCCGUUGCAUUCGGUCUGCUGAAGGUGUUCGCAAAGGUGACGGCUGGACAAUGCAGGAGCAACAAAUGCAUGGUGGGCAAAACGGCUAUUGUGACCGGAGGCAGCUCAGGCAUUGGCUACGAGACGGCAGCAGACCUUGCUUCCAGAGGCUGCAAAGUAAUCAUCGCUGAUAAGGCGGAUCGCGCCGUGUCUAGAGAGGCGCUCAUCGAAAGAACCGGAAAUCCGGAAGUCAUCUACAAACACAUCAAUUUGGCCAGCUUCAAAUCGGUGCGUGAAUUCGCUAAAGAGAUCAUCAAAACAGAGAAGCGGCUCGACCUCCUUAUAAACAACGCAGGAAUUAGCGGCAUACGAAAUAAGCUCACCGAAGACGGUCAGUUAAAGGUGAUGCAAGUAAACCAUUUAGGACCGUUUCUGCUUACACAUCUUCUGGCAGAUCUCAUUAUAAGAACGCCAAUGAGUCGUAUCGUCUUUGUUUCCUCGAUACUAUCAUUCACAAACAACUUGAAGAAGGCCGAUAUGCUAAACAUUCCUUUAAACACCACUCUUGAUAGCAUGUACGCAUGGAAGGAGUACAGCAACAGCAAGUUAUGUGCGAUGAUGGCGGCCAACGUCUUCUCGGAGAAACUGCAGGAAGGAGGUGUAAUGGUAAACUCUGCAAUUCCCGGACUGGUUUUCUCCUCCAACGACCCUAUCCUGAACAUGCCGAACAACUCACCGCUCAACUUCAUCAUCAACAAACUCCUCUACCUAAAGAUUGUCCUUUACGGUAAAAACGUCUACGAGGGUUCGCAAACUGUACUCUACUGCGCUCUGGAGAACGAUCUAAACCAGGUGUCGGGGAAGGUUUUCGCCGACUGCAUGAGCGUGAUGCAACCGCCUCUUGCCCAGAUAUGGGAUUUUAGGUCCCGUAUUUGGAAUAAGAGCGAGGAGCUGGUCAAACUGACCGAAAGCGAAAAAUUGAAAUAA